AUGAAGAUGACGGGGAAAGAAAUGAUGCCCGAGACUAGUAGCAGUGGAAAUGCGAGUGUGCCAUCCAUACGUGAUAGAAUGGAGGAAUUGAUUCGCCGUAAACAGCGCGAGAUUACUGCUGAGCUUGAGAAGAUUGAUACGGUGAAGUUCAGGGCGGAUUCGUGGAAGCGUGGUGAAGAUGGAGGCGGAGGUACUUCAUGUGUUCUGCAGAAUGGUACUACUUUUGAGAAGGCUGGUGUGAACAUUUCAGUGGUUUAUGGGGCUUUGUCGCCUGCGGCGAUCACAGCCAUGAGGGUGGAACACAAGAAGCUUCAGAUAUCGACCAAGGGAGAUAAUGGGGAAGAGCCUACAGGGGUCAACUUUUUUGCUUGUGGGUUGUCAAUGGUGGUUCAUCCUCAUAAUCCUCAUGCCCCAACGGUGCAUCUCAAUUAUCGGUAUUUCGAGACUUGGAAUGCCGAUGGAACUCCUCAGACGUGGUGGUUUGGUGGUGGCUCAGAUUUGACACCUAGCUAUUUGUAUGAGGAAGAUGCCAAGUUAUUCCAUAGUACACAUAAGGCUGCUCUUGACAAGCACGAUGUGGCGUUUUACCCCAAGUUCAAAAAAUGGUGUGAUGAAUACUUCUAUAUAAAGCAUCGGGAAGAGGCGAGAGGGAUUGGAGGCAUAUUCUUUGAUGAUUUGGAUGAUCGGGACCCUGAGGAUCUUCUUGGGUUGUGUGAGGACUGUUUAGAUGCCUGCAUGCCUGCCUAUAUUCCUAUUAUCAAUCGCCGGAAAGACAUGGAGUUUACUGAUGAAGAACGUGAGUGGCAGCAGAUCAGACGUGGUCGCUACGUCGAAUUUAACUUGGUGCUAGACAGAGGUACGCAGUUCGGGCUUCGUACUCCUGGUUCCAGGAUCGAGUCCAUCUUAAUGUCAUUGCCCGUCACGGCAAAAUGGUUGUAUGAUCAUCACCCCGAGCCAGGUUCUAGAGAGGCAGAACUGCUUGAAGUUGUAAAGAACCCUAGGGAUUGGCUCUAA